CUUUAUUGUAAUUUUAUAUCUCUAAAUUAGGGUUUUUUAGUUGCUUAUAUAUAUAUCUUCAGCCCAAUUAAUGAAUAAGAUAACUAUUCUCUCCAAAAGUAUUGAAAACAUGGUAUCAGAGCAAUCUAGGGUUUAAAAUAUUCGUUUGACGUCUACAUUAGGGUUUACGCUUCUCACAAGAUUAGAGUUUGAGUUGAGUCAUCAAGUUUGAGUGGUCGUUUGUCUACACCACCCAUAAGCGUCGUCAUCGUCCACUCUAGUUUGCAGUCAUCAGUCGCCAGGAAAGGCCACGCGUGAGGUUCAUGCGCCGCCAUAAACAGGUUCAUCCUUCACAACACAUCGACACCUGGGAGCAUGUGGGCCCACCGUUCCGCGUUACGUCUGUUGGAUUCUUCUUGGUUCAACUUUUCUGAUUGUUUUGUGCAUUUGGUUCCAUUGAAAUCUACUCGACCGUGAGUUAUUUGAAAAGAUACCCUUUUUGUGAUUAGGGUUUGUUGCUGUUUUUGUUUCAAUUUGGAGUUGUUCUGCUCUUUCCACUCGUGAGAUCUACAAACUGUUUGUUAACCCAUAAUAGAUGAAGUAGCAUAUGGUAGUAUCUAAUGUAAUUCCUCUAGCAUCGAAGAUAACUAAACAUAAGUUAAAUGGAUCUAACUAUUAUGAUCGGCGUCGGAUGAUUCAAUUUUAUUUGUUUAGUAUAGAUAUGGAUGACCAUGUGACUGAGGAGCCACCAAAAGAUGAUAAGAAAAAGGCUUGACUUCACGAUGACGCUCGACUUUAUCUUCAGAUUAAGAAUUCUAUUGAAAGUGAGGUUGUUGGUUUGGUAGAUCAUCGUGAUUCUAUGAAGGAACUCUUAGAAUUCUUAGAAUUUCUAUAUUACUAUGUCCGACUUCAUCGAAUGUUUGAUGUUUGUAUACAAUUUUUUCGAGCUGAACAAAAAGUAGAAUCUGUUACAAGUUACUUUACAAGACUUAAAAAGACAGUUGCUGAACUUGCUUUACUAUUGUCGUUUAGCCCCGAUGUCAAAGUUCAACAAGCUCAGCGAGAAAAGAUGGUUGUUAUGAUAUUUUUUAAUGGAUUUUUACUUGAGUUUGAAAUGACUAAAACACAGAUUCUUUCUGAUUCUGAAAUUUCGUCAAUAGAGGAAGCCUUCAACCGUGUUCUUCGUAUUGAGAGUUCCCAAUUCGAUUUUCCUGUUUCUCAACCUAAUAGUGCUCUUAUGAAUAAGAAUAAUAAUAACUCUUGGGGUACUUUAGGGAUAACUAACAAUUUUUAGAAGCCUAGUUAUGAUAAUCGAAGAUCAGAUUAUCAGGAGAUCGUCUAUCACUAUUUUCGUAAGCCAGGAUAUAUGAAACGUGAUUGUUAAAAGUUAUUGUACAAGACUUAAUGAUCUCAACAUGCUCAAAUAGCUUCUACCAAUGAUAUGGUUGAGAAAUCUAUUACCAUCUUUGCUGAUGACUUUGCUAAAUUUCAAGUAUUCCAAGAAUCCUUCCAGGAAUCUUCUUCAUCAAAUCCUAUUGCCACCAUUGUCGAGACAGGUAAUACGAAAUGUCUUCUUAUAUCAUCUACCAAAUGGGUCAUAGACUUUGGUGCCACCGCUCAUAUGAUAAGUAAUUCUAACUUAUUUUCUAUGCCUUUGUCCCCUGUCUCAUCUCCAUCUGUCACUUUGGCAGAUGGAUCAACCUUCUAUAUUCUUGGAUCCGACACCAUUUCUCUCACUCCAUCACUUUCUUUGUCCUCUAUAUUACAUUUUCCUCAGUUAUCUUUUAAUUUAAUUUCUAUUAGCCAACUUAUUCGUGACCUUAAUUGUCUUGUCUCACUUUUUUCUGGUUAUUGCUUAUUCCAGGAUCGUAUGACGGAGAAGAUUAUUGGUAGAGGACAUGAGUCGGGGAGCUUUUACACUUUUUUACGAUCAGAUACCGAAAGUUGUGGCUUGCUCUGGAGUUACAUCCCCGUUUGAAGUUCAUUGUCCUUUGGGUCAUCCACCAUAUUGUUCGUGUUGAAGAAACUUUAUCCAGAGUUUUGUUCCUUGUCGUCUUUGAAUUGUGAUUUGUGUCAGGUUUCUAAAUUUCAUUUUCUUAGUUCUAGUCCUAGAGUCCAUAAACGAGCCAAUGCUCCUUUUGAGUUAGUCCAUUAUGAUAUUGGGGUCCUUGUCCAGUCGUGUCCCAAACAGGUUUUCGUUACUUUGUACUUUUGUUGUUGAUUAUUCUUGUGUGACUUGGUUAUAUUUAGUGAAAAAUCGUUCUGAGUUAUUGUCUCAUUUUUGUGCUUUUCAUGCUGAGAUUCGAAAUCAUUUUAAUGUGAAUGUUGGUGAAUAUUUCUCUCAUAUACUUGCAUCUUACUUAUGUAGUCAUGGCAUUAUUCAUCAAUCCUCUUGUGCAGACACUCCAUCUCAAAAUGGAGUUGCUGAAAGAAAGAACAUACACCUCCUUGAAAUAGCUCACGCCUUAUCCUUUCAAAUGCAUAUUCCAAAACAAUUUUGGGCUAAUGUUGGGUCCACUGCUUGCUUCUUGAUUAAUAGAAUGUCUUCUUCUGUCCUCAAUGGAGAGAUUUCUUAUCGUACUCUUUUCCUUACAAAAUCUUUGUUUCCUAUUGCCUUAAGAUCUUUGGUUAUGUUUGUUUUGUUCGAGAUAUUCGUCCAAAUCAUACCAAAUUAGAUCUUAAAUAUUUGAAAUGCAUUUUCCUAGGCUAUUCACGUGUUCAAAAGGAUUAUCGUUGUUAUUGUCCUAUUCCAAACAGGUAUCUCAUAUCUCUUGAUAUUACAUUUUUCAAAGAUAUACCCUUUAGUUCAUCACCAUCUAAACCGUGUCAGAGAGAUGAUGAUGAUCUUUUUAUCUAUGAGAUUACCUCUUCUACAUCAUCUUCUCCUCUAUCUUCCUCUGUGUUUCUUCCUUCUGACCCUUCGGUUACUCGAGUCUACUCUAGGCGUCCUCUACAGUCACCUUCAGACCCAUGUCCUCCACCACUAGCUUCUUUGACAUCUGAUCCAGGACCAAGUGAUGAUCUUCCCAUUGCCCUUCAGAAAGGUAAAUGCACUUGUACUUACCUUAUUUCUUUGUUUGUUUUGUAUAACCAGUUGUCUUCUCCCAUUUAUUUUUUUUAUUACAUCUCUUGAUUCUCUCUAUCCCUAACUCUGUUCAUGAAAUUUUAUCUCAUCCCAGGUGGCGUAGUGCAAUGAUUGAGGAGAUGACUGCUUCGGAUGAUAAUGGUACUUCGGAUCUUAUUUUGCGUCCAGCUGGAAAGAAGGCUAUUGGGUGUAAAUGGUUGUUUGCUAUAAAGGUCAAUCCUGAUGGAACAGUGGCUCGAUUGAAAUCUCCUCUUAUUGUCAAAGGUUAUGCUCAAAUCUAUGAGACUGAUUAUUCUUAUACAUUUUCUCCUGUUGCCAAAUUAACUUCCAUUCGACUAUUUAUAUCGAUGGCUGCUACUCACAAUUGGCCUUUGCAUCAACUUGACUUAAGAAUGCUUUUCUUUAUGGUGAUCUUCAAGAGGAAGUCUAUAUGGAGCAACCAUCUAAGUUUGUUGCUCAGGGGGAGAGUGAUAAGGUGUGUCACCUUUGAAAAUCUUUGUAUGGACUAAAACAAAGUCCUCGUGCAUGAUUUGGUAAAUUUAGUCAAGCACUUGAAUGUUUUGUGUUGAAAUUAGGGUGUUAGCCCUAGGGGUAGUUUUGUCUUUUCACUAUACCCUACGGUUCCUUUUUUUUUUUUUUUUUUUUUUUUUCUAUUUAAGCAUGUAGUCUCUAUGUAUCUUAUGUAUCAAAAUUAUAAUAAGAAAAACUCUGUAUCGUGGUUUUUUAUGUCUGUAAUAGAGUUUUCCACGUAUAUCUGUGUAUGCUUUUCUUCUUCCUUCUCUUUUUACUUUUCAUCAUGGUAUCAGAGCAAGGAAAUGAAACCCUGGCCACCAUCGAGGAAAAUCAAAUAGGGGAAUCACAAGUGCCGCUUGGUGCCACAGAUAUUGCAACCGUUGUACAAAUAGCCAUAGAACAAUACUUCCAGACCAUGUUACCACACCUUCAUCAAACGAUUAGAGCAGCCCAACCCGGAGGACAGGUAGCCGACUGGGUAAAAAAUCAACCAACCCAGCCGACUGAUUGGGUCGACCAUCAGACAGGAUAGAUUGGAAACUGGCCGAAAAUUAGAUGGGUUCGCACCUACCAUUCUGCAAGUAGCAACCAUCAACCUUACAAUCCUGUUUGCACUGAUCAACCCACUUGCGCCAAUUAACCCACGAGCGGCGGCCAACCGAUCGAAGAAACCCAACCAAGAGACGCUUUCUGGGUUGAUUCCAGUCGAGUGCAGCAACCUAUUCGACCUUAGCUGCCGCUCGGCUCCGGCACAGAUGUCCACGCACAAGCCGCCAGAGCAGUUGGCUCCAGCCCUACAAUCCCAUCCAGUCGAACUGCUCCAGACCCGAGCCAUCCUAUCUUCCCAGCCGCGCCUGCAAAGGUUUCGUUUCCAACAGUUUCCUCCUACCAGCCGAGUGGUGAAUUCAGUCUUAGACCUACCAGUGGUGACAAAUUGGAGAUGGGUGGAUCAUCCUCAAUAAAACUUUGAUUAUAUUCAGGAACAGUUUGUCAACUUCAACUCCAGAUCAAACAAAAGAAUGAGUCAGUACAACAAUAGAUGGCUACUCUCGGAGAGGUGCUCAGGGCUACCUCUAAUGGGUGGUCAGAAAUUCCCUCUAGCCUUCCAGUUUACUCAGGAAGCCCGGUAACCUCUUUCCUUGCUUUAUCUACAACAAAUUUAUUUUCCAGUGCAAUAGGAAAUAUUGCUAACUGUAUUGUAGAGGAAAAAUUAAAUGGUCACAAUUAUUUUUCGUGGUCUCAAUCCAUAAAAAUGGCCCUCGAGGGUUGGCAUAAAUUCAGAUAUCUGACAUGAGAGAUACCGAAACCGAGACCAGAUGACCCUCAAGAACGUAUAUGGAAAGGAGAAGACUCCUUACUGCGAUCUAUUUUAGUAGGGAGCAUAGAGCCUCAAAUUGGCAAACCCAUACUGUAUGCAGCCUCUGCUUGGGAUAUUUGGGAGGCCAUAUAGAAACUGUACUCCAAACGGCAAAAUGUUUCCAGGAUUUACACCUUACGGAAACAAGUCCAUGAAUGCAAGCAGGGAAUAAUGGAUGUUACAGUGUAUUUCAACAAGCUACCUCUUAUCUGGAAAGAAAUGGAUCUAUACCGAGAGAUGGUCUGGAAUUGCCUAUGUGGGGGAGUUUUACAUUACCAGUCUGAGGAGAUCGAUCAAAUUUAUGAUUUUCUAGUAGGAUUGAAUUCUAAGUUUGACGCGGUAAGGAGUCGGAUACUGGGAACUCGUCCGAUACCAUCUCUGAUGGAAGUUUGUUCUGAAGUUCACCUUGAGAAGGAUAGGUCGAGUGCUAUGAAUAAUCCACUGGACUCGUCAACUGAUUCAGCUGAUUUUAAAGCAUCGAGUUCUGCUAAUGAUAAGCAAAACGGUAAGCUAGCACUGGUAUGUGAACAUUGUAAGAAGCCCUGGCACACUAAAGAUCAAUGCUGGAAGCUGCAUGACUGUUCGCCGAAUGGUAAAAGACAUCAGUCAGGGCCUGAACGAGCACUGGCUAGUGAAUCAACAACCGGAGGUUCUCAACCUCAGAACCAAGAAACUAAUCAGACUAGCUCUAGUACAGUAGGUGUAAGUGUGAUUGCCCAAUUAGGCCUCAACCUCAGAACCAAGAAACUAAUCAGACUAGCUCUAGUACAGUAGGUGUACGUGUGAUUGCCCAAUUAGGUAUAAUUCAAUCCUUUGGUCUUGUUAGUAUUACUAAUGGGUCCUUCGCCCCUAUAGCCGUGAAAGGCAGCUUGUCACUCUUUAAGGGGUUGAUUAUUCAGGAUGUGUUGCGUGUGCCUAAAAUAUCUUAUAAUCUGUUAUCUGUUAGUAAAAUUAUAAGGGAUCUGAGAUGCCGAGUUACUUUCUCACCUGAUGCUAUUGUUUUUCAGGACCUGAACUCAGGGACGAAAAUUGACAUUGUCCGACAUGAUGGAGGGCUCUAUUUCCUCACUGAAGAUGCUUCUUUUAGGAUAUAUGAUAGGACUAGUUUACUUUUUUCUUGUUUUUCUACCUCUGAAACUGAUUAUAUGUUAUGGCACUAUCGUCUUGGACAUCUUAGUUUUCAUUAUAUGAAAUAUUUGUUUCCUCAUAUAUUUCGCAAUGUUAAUCUUUCUAAUUUAAAUUCUGAUGUGUGGGGUCUGUCACCUGUUACUACUGCCACGGGCAAACGGUGGUUUGUAACCUUCAUCGAGGACACACUAGAUUAACUUGGGUCUUCCUUCUUACCAACAAAUCUGAAGUCGCAUCUGUUUUUAAACAGUUCUACAGUUCUAUAGAAACCCAGUUUAAUGCAAAGAUCGCUAUCUUUCAUAAUAAAAAUAGUCGGAAAUUUUUUAAUAACUCCCUUAGGGAAUUCCUAGUCUCUAUAGGCAUUGUCCAUCAGAGUUUGUGUGCGCAUACUCCUAAAAAAAUGGGAUAGUCGAGCGAAAAAACAGUCAUCUGAUCAAAGUUUCUCAGUCUCUUAUGUUUUCAACUUCUCUUUCGUCCUAUUUGUAAGGAGAUGUGGUUCUAACAGCAGCUCAUUUGCUAAACCGAAUGCCUUCCUGGGUCUUAAAAUUCCAAACCCCUUUAGACUGUUUCAGAGAGUCUUAUCCUGAUAACCGACUCAUCCCUGAUGUUCCGCUUCGGGUGUUUAGGUGCGUUGUGUUUGUCCAUACUCAUGGCCCUAAUCGAACCAAAUUUACCCCCCGGGCCCAAAAGUGUGUCUUUGCGGGAUACCCAUUGCAUCAAUGUGGGUACAAAUGUUACCAUCCUUCUUCUCGAAAGUAUUUUGUCUCCAUGGAUGUGAUCUUCUUCGAAGAUCAUCCCUUCUUUCCCCUUAGUCCUCUUCAGGGGGAGAGUACAAGUGAAGAGACUCACCGGGGUCCGAGUCUGUCAAUCUUACCUGAACUGAAUCCUAAAAUAAGUGUCAACGAACCCAUUCUGCCCACCGAACAAAUCCCAUGGAUCAUGUACUAUAGGAGGAAUCUCAGAAAGGAAAUACCGCCGCAUGUUACUUUUCUAACUCCUGUCCAUGAGUCAGAACGGGUAUCAGUUCCAGAUACGAGUACUCAUAUACCUGAUAAUGGUAACAUUAAUGCUAACAAUGAUGCUUGUGUUGAAAGUGACGUAAGUAAAGACAGGAAAGAUAGUGACAGUACUAAGGACUGUACCGAGAAUGUAAUUGAUACAAGUGGUGGUAACUGUGAAGAACCGGUCCCAACAGAGAAUGUUGUUGACCUUGGAGAAGAUCCCUUAGAAGAUAAGACAUAUGAACAGAAUGCUAAAUUCAGUAGGGGAAAAAAGGAGAAGAAAGAUCAUAAUGCCUCUCUUGAUCUUCCUAUUACCUUAAGGAAGGGUACAAGAUCAUGCACGAAGUAUCCUCUGCAGAGUUACUUGUCUUAUAACAACUUGUCUCCUGUAUUUAAAGCCCUCACUACAAGCCUAGGCACAAUUACAAUACCAAGCAAAUGUAGUAAUGGAGAUUCCCGAAUGGAGAGCUGCAGUCAUGGAAGAAAUGGGGGCACUUGAGAAAAAUAACACGUGGGACUAGGUCAUUCUUCCUAAGGGACACAAAGCAAUUGGGUGCAAGUGGGUGUUUACCAUUAAAUAUAAACAUGAUGGAACAAUUGACAGAUACAAGGCCUGGUUAGUUGCAAGGGGCUUCACUCAGACCUUCAGAAUAGAUUAUUCCGAGACUUUUUCUCUAGUAGCAAAAUUAAACACAGUUCAGGUUCUUCUCUUAGUUGCGGUUAAUAAAGAUUGACCUCUCCACCAGUUUGACGUGAAGAAUUCCUUCCUUAAUGGGGAAUUAGAAGAAGAAGUGUACAUGAGUCCACCUCCAAGGUUCGAGAAACAGUUCAAUCACUGGGUAUGUAAACUGCGGAAGUCCUUGUAUGGGUUGAAACAGUCUCCGAGAGCCUGAUUUGGCAGGUUCACUACUUUUGUGAAGUCACAAGGGUACAAUCAGGGACACUUAGAUCAUACCCUCUUUACAAAGAAAUCAGUAUCCGAAAAAAUUGCAGUUUUGAUUGUGUAUGUAGAUGACAUUGUUAUUUCCGGUGAUGAUGCUCUAGAAAUUGACAGAUUGAAGAGAAAAAUGGCCGAGGAAUUUGAAAUCAAAUAUCUCGAGAGGUUGGUAUACUUUCUCGGAAUGGAAGUGUCUAGAUCGAAAGAAGGUAUUUCGGUGUUUCAGCGAAAAUACACUCUGGAUUUACUUAAGGAGAUAGGUAUGACGAGCUAUAAACCAGUAGAUACUUCUAUGGAAGCUAAUGCUAGACUCAGUAACUUGAGUAACAGUGCUCCUGUUGACAAGAAGAGAUAUCAGCAACUUGUUGGGAAGUUAAUCUAUCUCUCCCAUACCAGACCAGAUAUUGCAUAUUCAGUCAGUGUAGUUAGUCAAUUCAUGCAGUCUCCUUAUGAAGAACAUAUGAGAGCAGUAGAGCGCAUUCUAAGGUAUUUGAAAACCUCUCCGAGCAGAGGGUUGAUGUUUAGGAAGUCCGACAAAUGAUGCAUCGAGGCAUACACAAAUGUCGACUGGGCAGGCUCGGUAGUAGACAGAAGUCGACAUCGGGAUACUAUACCUUCGUGUGGGGUAACCUGAUGACGUGGAGGAGUAAGAAACAAGGGGUUAUUGCCAGAAGUAGUAUCGAAGUUGAAUACAAGGCCACGAGUCUUGGGAUAUGUGAGGAAAUUUGGCUGGAAAAGGUCCUAAGUGAUCUCGGUCAAGGUCAUGAUGGUCCUAUGAAACUCUACUAUGAUAACAAAGCCGCAAUAAGUAUCACAAAUAACCUCGUACAACAUGACAAAACAAAACAUGUGGAGAUUGAUAGACAUUUCAUCAAGGAACGACUUGACAUUGGCAACAUAUGUGUUCCCUAUAUUCCUUCCAGUCAGCAGAUUGUAGAUGUUCUCACGAAAGGGCUUCCCAUACAUUUUUCGACUUAUGUAUUAGUAAGUUGGGUCUCAUUGAUAUCUACGCCCCAACUUAAGGGGGGUGGUGAAAUUAGGGUGUUAGCCCUAGGCGUAGUUUUGUCUUUUCACUAUACCCUAGGGUUUCUUUCUUUUUCCUUUUUUUUUUCCUAUUUAAGCAUGUAGUCUCUAUGUAUCUUGUGUAUCAAAAUUAUAAUAAGAAAAACUCUGUAUCGUGACUUUUUCUCCAUGUAUUAGGGUUUUCCACGUAUACCUAUGUGUGAUUUUCUUCUUCCUUCUCUUUUUACUUUUCAUCAUUUUGGUAUGAAGAAAAGUAUGUUCGAUCAUUCUAUAUUCUAUUGACAAUCUGAAAAUGGUAUUACUUUGCUUGUUGUAUAUGUUGAUGAUAUCGUUAUCACUAGAAAUGAUGUAUCAGGUAUAUCCUCUCUCAAGACUUUUCUCUAGGAUCAAUUUCAUACUAAAGUUUGGGGCCACUGAAGUAUUUUUUGGGUAUUAAAGUAAUGAGAAGCAAGAAAGAAAUUUACAUGUCCCAGCGAAAGUACGUACUUGAUUUGUUGUCUGAGAUAGGUAAACUAGGAAUCAAAUCAUGUAGUACUCCGAUGAUACCAAAUUUACAAUUUGUUAAGGAAGAAGAAGUGUUUAAAGAUCCUAAGAGAUAUAGAAGAUUAGUUGGAAAGUUGAACUAUUUACCAGUGACAUCAACAAACUAAACAUAUUGAAGUGGAUUGUCAUUUUAUUCGCAAGAAAAUUCAAGAAGGGUUGAUAUCUACAAGAUAUGUGAAGAUUGGAGAACAAUUAGGAGAUAUCAGUAAACAGAGCAAGAAUAAGCUAUUAAUGCAACAAGCUAGGCAUAAUUGACAUAUUUGCUCCAACUUGUGGGGGAGUGUUAUAAUAUGUAUUUAUAUUGUAAUUAUGAUUAGUUGUUCUUUAUCGUAAUUUUAUAUUUCCUAGAUUAGGGUUUCUUAGUUGCCUAUAUGUGUGUGUAUAUAUAGUCUAAUU